AUGCCAAGAAGUUAUACCCUAAGACUGGAGAGCAGAGCAUUGGGGGCUGCGCAAAUCAUGAACGGAGUGAUUUACUAUGCUUUGGGGUAUCUCUGUUAUGCAUUAUUCCUCCAAGAAGAGAAGAGAGAAAGUACUGGUUAUAUUCCUGUCAUUGUUACACUAGUUCACAUAUUUUGGUCAUCGCCAUUUUUCAUCGCCUCGGGAUCCACCAGCAUACAGGCAGAGAAGUAUCCCACAAAAUACAUGCUUAUUUACAGCCUUGUUAUGAACAUCUUAAGUGUCUGCUUUUCUAUACUUGGUAUAAUAAUACUAAGUAUUGCCUGUUUCACAUAUCAUGCAGACACCAACGAAUAUGUUUGGACACAUAUGGCUGGUAGUAUGCUUUUACAAUAUUUACUCUUCAGCACUAUCUCGGAAGUGAUCUGUGCAUGCGUAACUAUCAGAUGGAUUUCAGUAGCAUUAAAUCAUCCAAAAUACAAUGAAAAGAGUGAGUAA